GGGUCUGGAGUCGCCUCAGACCAGUCCCAGUCUGCUCAGAGUCACUUCAGCUGCAUCUUCACCCGACUGGAGAACCACAGCAAAGGUUUUAAAACAAUGAUGGAUAUAAUUACCACUACCCCUUUCUACAACAUCAACGCCACUGAAGUCACUGGGAGAAAUGGUUCUUUGUAUGAGGAUGAUGAAUAUGACUACAAGGACGAGCAUGCUGAGCUGAGACAGUCCUUAAACAUAAUGUCCCUCAUUGUUUACUGUCUGGCCUUUGUACUUGGGGUGCUGGGAAAUGGAGUUGUAAUCUGGGUGACGGGGUUUAAGAUGAAGGAGACUGUGAACACUGUUUGGUUCCUCAACUUGGCCGUGGCUGACUUCCUCUUCACGGCGUUCCUGCCCCUCAGUGUGACGUACACCGCCAUGGAUUUCCACUGGCCGUUCGGCAAGUUCAUGUGCAAACUCAACAGCACCAUCAGCUUCCUCAACAUGUUCGCCAGCGUCUACAUCCUGGUUGUCAUCAGCGUGGACAGAUGUGUGUCAGUGGUGUGGCCGGUGUGGGCUCAGAACCACAGAAGUGUACGCAAGGCAUCCUGUGUGAGUCUGGGGGUUUGGGUGCUGGCUCUGAUCCUCAGCGCUCCAUACUUCAUCAUCAGGGAUACUGGACCUUCAUAUCACAACGAAGACAUCAUCAACUGCUUCAACAACUUUGCCUUUUCUGACGACUACGAAACCCCGUCUGUGAAUCAGCUGAGGCAGUUCCGUCACCAAGCCAUGACCAUCACCCGUUUCCUCCUGGGGUUUGUUGUCCCCUUCACUGUCAUCGUCUCAUGUUACGCUGUGAUAAUCCAUCGUCUCAGACGGAACCGCACGCUGGCCAGUCAGUCGAGUCGCCCCUUUAAGAUCAUCGCCGCUGUUAUCACCACGUUCUUCCUGUGCUGGGCCCCUUAUCACAUCAUGGCUCUUAUUGAGUUGGUGAACCACAUGCCCAGUCACACUAGUGAAACCUUGGACCAUGUCAUCACAAUCGGGGUCCCUAUAGCCACCAGUCUGGCCUUCCUCAACAGCUGCCUGAACCCACUCCUUUAUGUGUUUAUGGGCCAAGAUUUCAAGGAUAAAGUUCGCAAAUCCAUCCUGAAUGUGCUUGAGACUGCAUUUCAGGAGGAGGUGUCUCGCUCGUACACCUACACAAACUCAAUGGUCACAAGUCGGAGUAAAGAGAAGUCAGUGUCUGAUGCUGAGGUGUAAAGCUGUCUAUGACAUGAAUAUGAAUCAAUAUUGUAUCUGUACAUAGCAAAUAUCACAAAUGUAUAUAACAAAUUUUAUAGUUUUUAAUGUGUUUUGUACAACUAAAUCUGUUCCAGUUGGAGUGAUGACAGUUUAUGGAUGGAUGUAAACUGUCGUGGUGUUCAUCUUUACCUGUAGUGGGCCUGUUUAUCAUUUGAAGUAACUAUUUGAAGGUCAUAUUGCAGAGUAAGGUGUGAUUGAAUGGAGCUGGAACGUUGUGGAUAAGUUAAGUGUUUAAUCUUAUUGAGCUCAGGGCUGCACAGUCCUGCGUUUUGACUCAUAGCAUUGCUCUCAGUUCAGUUCAGACCAGACUAGACUUAGAGGAUAUAUAAUUUGCCAUAUGCUUUACAUGAAAACCAGCAAUACAUCAUCUUAUAAUUCAUUUGUGCUGACUUCAUCUGAUGACCUUCUCAUCUUUCUGUGUUCCUGUCUGGAACAAAGUUAUAUUGUGUGACUUUGUGUGUUACAAUAUAACUGGUUUAAUUGAAUGUUAAGUACUUUCUUCAUAUUUUACUGAAAUUAUGUUUGUUUGUUUUUCUAAAAAAAAAACAACAUAAUUGCAGUUUUAAUUAACUUAAUUUCGUGGAGAGAGGCUGAGACUGCUGCAUAUUUACAUAUCUACUGCAUGCUUCUUUAAAAAAGACAUUUAUUAUAUGUUAUUCAACAUACUUCCAGGCUACUAUAAGCCUAAUACAUAUGGCAGUUAGAGUGAAUAUAUGAUGCUUAAAGUAGCAGCAGAUACUAAGUAUACUAUAAGUAUAUUAAGUUCUUGUAAUAUUUGUUGAACUCAGCCAAGAUUAAAUGAAGUUAAUGAUGAUAAUAAUGAUGAUGACUUUAAUGUGAUCCUUGUUGUUAUCAUUAUGCUUGUGAUUAAACUAUUACUUGGA